AGCCUGAUCCGCCCACGAAACGGAGCGAGCGGACGGAGAGGCUGCCUAGUCCGGUUUUAGAGUAGCAGCCGUGUUAGGCUGCCUAGUCAGUAACCCCCUGGGCUCGAGAGCAAGCAUGUCUGACCCCGCGGUCUGCAGCUUCAUUACCAAGGUCCUGUGUUCUAACGGGGGGCUGCUGGAGUACAGCAAGAUCUCCCAGCACGUGGAGCUCUCCGAGCAGCAGCUGGAGCAGAUCCUGCAGGAUGUGGGGCAGGAGAGGUUUCUGGUGCACAAGGAGGGGGGCUCUCGCUGGGUGCUGGCUGUGUCCCCGCUGCGGCUCUGCGUCCGCAAGGAGUGUGAGGGCUGCGAGCGCCUCCACUUCUGCAAGCUCAACCUCAUGGGCAAGUGCAACUUUGGAGUCCGGGCAUGUAAAUACUCCCAUGAUAUCUUCACGGAUGAAAACCGAAAAGUGCUGAAGACCCAUGAAGUCAGUGGCCUCAACGAGAAUGAGCUGCGGGUCCUGCUCCUCCAGAAUGACCCUUUCCUCCUGCCUGAUGUCUGCCAAUUCUAUAACAAAGGUAGAGGACCACAUGGGACUUGCAGCCAGCAAGACAAUUGCAACAAACUUCAUGUUUGCCGACAUUUCCUCCGAGGGGAGUGUAGGUUUUCUAAGUGCAACAGAUCCCACAGGAUUCUGGACGGCAAUGUGCUGAGGUUGCUGAUAGCAGAAGGAUUAAAUAUUAUCACAGCGAAGAACAUCCAGGUCAUCUGUGAUCACAAGCAUACUGAGUUCAGCAAGGAGGUGUGCCAGUGGAAAAUGCCUCCCCCACACAACAGAGCUACACCAGUUGGAGAUAAAAAGAAAGCAAGUGCUGGGAAUCCAGAAGAAAUUGGACCUAGGCCCACUUCCACUACACCAGCCUCUACAUCACAUGAGCCUUCUUCACAAGGUGUCAAAGCUGUUCCUCCUUCUAACGCUUCUGGGAGCAGUGAAAUUAAAAAAUGUGAUGAGAUAUGCCUGUACUAUAUCUGGAGGUACUGCAAACAUAAAGAUGACUGCAGGAUGAUUCAUUAUCAUCUGCCUUAUCGAUGGCAGAGGUUUGAUGGAGUCAAUUGGCUUGAUGUUCCCAGAAUGGAGGUAGUCGAAAAAGCCUAUUGUGACCCCCAAAACGACAGCUUAGCAGAUCAAAACAUCAAUUUCAAGUCAAUUACCUCUUCUUCUGCUCUGCUUCGACGCCUCUCCACACCAUCAUCGGUUACAAAACCCCCCAAAUUCAUAAUGACGACAAAAUGGAUUUGGUAUUGGAAAAAUGAUCUCGGCCAGUGGAUUGAAUAUGGGAAACAGGACUUCAGCCUCAGAGAGCGCUCAGGAUGGAUGGUGAUCAAUGAAGGGGAUGGACUGCACGGAGCCUCUGCGCUAACUUCUGAUGAUUUGGAGAAUUUAUUUCUGGCGAAUCCAAAUGACACCCUACAAUUUCAGGCUGGUUCCCAACAAUAUGAGAUCAAUUUUAAAGAAAUGGUCCAGAAAAAUGUCCUCUAUCAAACUCAAAGAGAAGUCCGCAGGCGACCAAAGUUUGUGUCCUCAGAAGAUGUGAAAAAGAUGAAGAAAGGCCAAAGAGUGACUGAUACUCCAGAUCAAAACUAUCCUAGAAACUGGGACAAAUCAGCGCUGCCUGACGUGGGGUACAAGUAGUAAUCCUCCUCUUUCACUGUUUCAUGGCUGGCUGGGAUUCUACAUGCCUCUGUGGUGGCCUUCACAACAUCUGACACCUCAGCCUUGAUGAAUUUCCUACACUUCAGACAUUGGCCUUGCAAACUGUUCUGGAAAAUCUUGCUACACUGGAAAGGAUCACUUAUGAGAGACUCUUCUCUUCACCCCCCCCUACCCCCAGCCCCCCCCCCCCCCCCCCCCCAAAAAAGUCUUCCCUGUUUAGUGUAAAGUCUUCUAUUUUCUUCCUCCUUCCCUACACAUAAUAUUGGAGAUUGCAGUAUUUAUUCUGUAAAGCAUUUUGAGACAUGAAAGAUCCUAUGCAAAGUAGAAGUUUAUAUGUCUAUAAUCUAUAUCGUUAGAUAUUGAUAGCUUGUUAGGAUUAGUAAAUCAGGUGUUGUGAAUCCCCCUCCUUUUUUUUUCUAACUUUGUGUAAUGGUGACAAAAUGGAAUUGGUAGCUGAAGAGAGAAAUGGCAAAAAAUGAGUUGCGAUGUUGUCGUAAAAUGUAUGAAUAUAAUAUUUGUGUUAGAGAAUGAGCAGGCUGACCCAGAGGCGGAUUGAGUAGAGGGGCUUCUUUAUUGUGGUACUUGUUCCCCUCGACCCAAUUGUUGAGGAAGCCCUGAAUUCGUUACAGCACUUUUUUUUUUUUAUUUAAGUUAGUAUGUAAAUAUUUACAUUUACUACAAUACCCCCAAAACCCUUACUGAGUAAUAUUAAUGCCCAUACAAUGAAUAUUAAUAGCUAUAUACUGAAUAUAAUUAUCCCCACCCCUGUACUGUUUACAACAUUAGCAUAUUUUACAAAUAAUUUUACCUUGAAGAUACAUUUCUUUGCAGUAAUUGCAGCCAUAGAUUCCCUUGAUUAGCAGUUUGCAGGGAAGGGAGGAAGGGGCCAUGACCCUGAGCUCAUUUAUGUAGCUGGGAAAGGAAGGGAAGGGGAGAGAACACUGCUUUACACAGAGUAUCCUUUAGAUCCCCAUAUUCCUUAAGCAGCUGCAACGCCUAUUAAUCCUUAACCAGGAGACGGGAAGGGAGAGGGGUAGCACUCUAUAUAUAAAGCACAGAAGCGGUGCCGACCCGUGCUUCUACUCCCUAAUACCAUGUCUGCUCAUCAGCGGUUUCCCAGGUCUCUGUUUAACCCUUACAUAUCCCAACACUUUGUAGUCUAUAUUCUAGCAUGCUAUCCUUUUAACAUAUGGAAAUAUAUGUUAGGGUCAGAGUGUUUAGUGAUGCUUCCCAGGGUUGUGAGGCACCUUAAUACCACCUGCCCUUGGCAUAAGGCAGCCUUGUCCAUGCCUGCUGUGAAUCAGCUCCUUGAAUCCACCAGCUUCUGGCAACAUGAGGCCUUCCAAGUCUCCUCCCUUCCAACCCCCACUCCCCCCCCGCAGGUUAGCGAUAAGCCCACACCAACCUCUCGAGUCCUCCAAGCACCCCUCUCUUGAGUGCCCAGGCCCUGAUCCACUCAACACUCGCAGAACUAUCAGAUUCUAAAGGAACAAGACACACAUCUGACAAGCUUUAACUCAGGAUCAUCACUCUGCUUAUCACACAGCAGUCAGAUAUUUAAAGUGAAAACAAGAAUAAGUUUAUUAUUAAAUAACAGAUUCAAAUGAUAGUAAGAAAAAUAAUGGAAACAAAUGGUUACAUAUAAAACAAAAUAACAUGCUUGCUAAAGCCUAAACUUUUCCCCUGUUUCCUAUACCAUAGCUUACCCCAAAUCCUUUUUGUAGCAUUUUCAACCAGGACGGUUCAGAUCUUCCUUUCAUAAGAUCAAGCCCACUGGCAGCUUGUCUUUCCAGAUUGAAGGAUGCCAGGUAUACAUCCGUACCCGCAGUGAUAUUCCCAAAAGUUCACUCUUUUACUUUUAAACAGGAUAAUCCCUGCUGUCUUUGCUUUUUUUCCUGCAGCACUUGCAAUCUGUUUGUUAGCAUUUGGCUCCAUAUGCAAAUAGACUUCCAUUGUAAGAUACACAAUACACAGUGAUCAACCAGGGAGAUAAAUGUCUCCCACUUCCUGUCUGGAGAAACCUGUCUCCAUUGCACGCUACCUUGGCCUUUAACUGCAAAGCCUGAAGAAGAUAACAUGACACCUUUUGGUGAACCUAGGGGAUCCCUGUAACCUGAUGUACUGCUGUGACCUCUGCCAGUUGGCAUCAAGAGGUCUUUGGUCUCUCUCCUCUCCAUUCUGUGUCUCUGUUAGGUCUGUGGACUCUUCUCAUGCCAGAGAGAAGUCACUGAGCUGAGAUGAAAGCGUUUCUGGGAGUCAGAAGAUCUAGUUUUGCCACUGAUCUUGUGACUUUGGACAAGUCGCUUAACCUCUCUGCCUCAGUUACUCCCAUCUCUAAUAUGGGGAUAGUAAUGCCUACAAGUGCAAAGCUACUGUGAUACCAUAGAACAUAUCAGCCUAUAAUUUUAGAUGUGGUGGUAUUCUGCCAGCCUGAGAGAUGGUUUUAUUUUUGUUUGAACCACUCCAGUGAAAUGGGAAUGAUUCUAUAAAAUCCAGGAGAAAUGAGAGCCAGUGUGUCUGCUGCUUGGCAAUCAAUGUAUUUGUUUUUUCUGGAUAUGGGCGAGUUAGGAUUUGCCACUCAGAUAUUUUCUGUAAGAUCAUAACCCUUGCCAGAGAGCAGGGUGAGUGCUGUCAGGAAAGUGGUAUGUGUGUGGGUGAGAGAGGGAAGGAGGCAGGGGAAGCAGGUAUGCAGCUUGCAGGCAGUGCCAGGAGCUCCUCGACCAAGCUGUGCCAGUGUUGUUCAGGGCCAGUUGGGCUCAGACCACCCCUCCCCACCUCCAGCCACGUGUGCCCAGGAAGUGGGGAACUUGUAGCAGCUCCGUUGCUCAGGUCCAGGCUGUGCAGACCCCACUCCAUGUGCUUUAGCUGUUUCUCUCCCAGGUAUCCCUGGUCUCUGCUGUUACCCAGACCCAGCUGAGAGUUCCAUUCUCUUACUUCUAAGGCAGAGAGCACUGGGCAAGUGAACCACCCAAAGCAGCAAGUGGUGCAUGGAUUGGGGAGAUGCCAGGAAAGCCUGGGAUGGUAGCAUGAUGGCGGGGGAAAGAGGCUUUCUGGGUGAUAUUGAGGCUAAGGAAGGGGUGGGAAUUCCUUCAUGGAAUGAGCAGUAUGGAAGAUGCUGUUAGUCUGGAUGACCACAAAAAUGCUUUUAUUCUCCUACAUGAACAAAAUGAAUAAUUGCGGUUGCCUGGUGCCAGAAUACAGUGACACAAUUCACAUUGCUGCACAGUCCAGCAGUUCUCUUGUCACAAAAUAAGGAUCUACUGUGAUGUGAAAUACACUGGGCUCAGCCGAGGGGAAAUUCUAAUUCGUUAAGUGUGUUUUGCAUGCUCUUGAUUUUUAUUGUGAAGCGGCUUCGUAAAGUGUUUUUGGGUUUUUUUUUGCAUAAAAGAAAUGCGAGUUGCAAUUUUCACACUGGUAGGCUUUUUAAUAAAUCUAAAGAAAUAAUUCUUGCCACUGCAGCUUGGAUCAUUCUAAAAUCCCAUUAACCGAUUUAAAAGAUUUGUCCGUUCAGAGGUUGUCUAAUAUAUAAAUAUCUAGUAAACAAAAGUAAACUGGAUACAGGUCUGAUUGUGCCACAUCUAAAUCCUACUUAACUUACAAAAUCACUGAUGUGCUUGAAUUUUCAUUUCUGAUUAUGACCGAGCUGACAAAGCUGUUGCUUUCACCAUGCCUUCCAGAGCAGCCACUGCUCCCUGUUUUAAGAUGCACCGUUGAGACGUUGGAAUUGGGGCCUUUCACUUCAAGUUUUGAUUUCAUAUUUGCCCUAGGCAGCAGUGACUGAAAAAUUGUUACCAACUGAGGUCUGUCUGGUAGCCCUGUGUUACAGGAGUUGGUAGUCUCAGCCUAGUUUAUAGUUGACGGGUCACCAUCUCAACAGAUGAAGUAUGAAACCUAUACAAACACUUGAAUUCAUCUCUCCGCCUGAGAGGUCCUUCCCAAAGAGAGAGGUACACUGCACAGAACAGAAUGUGGGAGCUCACUUAGCAACUAUCUGGGCUGUUCCUGUUCUGUUUGUGAAUAGGAUUUCAAGCCCUACAUACACUCAAAAGACCCACCUUUGGUCUCACUGGCUCUGCCUAUGAAAGUGUGGUCACCCCUUACACCCAGUUGAAACUUUCUGUAAUCUUUGGCUGUGGUUUGGUAUUUUUAUAGGCAGUGGAGAUCACUAAUCCAUCCUCUGAAUUCACUGAAAUUGAGACCCUAUUUAAAAGGACAAUGAACAAUUAUGUUAUCCAGAGAAUAAGGAGGAUUCAGAACCCAUCCCUUUGGCAAGUCUUUCAGUGG